AUGGGGAACGAGGCGAGCGCGGAGGGAGAGCCGGGUCAGCCGGGACCUGCUUCCGCUUCAGCACCGACGCGCGCAGAACAGCUCCCGGAGGCCGGCAGCGCCGCCGCACCGGGACCCGGACCGGGACCCACGCUAAACAGCAUCCAGGGGAAACCUCACACGGACCCCAGCAAUGGACCCAGACCAGGAGGUCUGGCCGGCACCACGCCCGACCGAGGCCACACGCCACAGAGGAGCCCGCAGGGGGACGCGGGCGGCCCUAAAUCGCCAUACUCGCUGCCUCAGAUCGCCCCCAUGCCCAGCAGUAAACUGUGCCCCGUGUGCAAGACGGCCGACCUCACGGGCGCCACGGACGGGCAGCCGAACUCCAACACCUGCACGCAGUGCCGCGUCACGGUGUGCAACCAGUGCGGCUUCAACCCCAACCCGCACCUCACCGAGGUCCAGGAGUGGCUAUGUCUAAACUGCCAGAUGCAGAGGGCGCUGGGAAUCGACAUGGAAACCCCACGCUCCAAGAGUCAGCAGCAGAUCCACUCUCCAUCGACCCCCAGCAAACCCCUACCCCAAACAGCACCACAUACUCCGUCUGCCAGCCAACCCAAACCCUUCCCUCCCUCCAAGAGCGAACUGAAGUCCCAAUCCCAACCGUCCACUCCCGCCAAGAGCCAGGUCAAACCUCAGAUCCAGCCAUCGCCCUCCCCCCAAACUCAAUCCAAACCUCAAUCCCAACAAUCUCAACAGUCUCCAUCUCCCCAAACCCAAGCACGACCUGCAGCUCCCUCCCAUGCCCAACCGAAACCUCCCUCCACCCCUCAAACCCAAGCAAAACCCCAAUCCCAACCCCCUACCCCCUCCCACACUCAACCCAAACCUCCCGGCACUCCACAAACCCAAGCGAAAGCGCAAUCCCAACCCUCAACUCCCUCCCACACCCAACCCAAAGCACCCUUCACCCCUCAAACCCAACCCAAACCCCAAUCCCAACCCCCUACCCCCUCCCACACUCAUCCCAAACCUCCCGGCACUCCCAGAUCCCAGUCUCAGCCCCCCACUCCUACCAAGUCCCAGCCGAAUCCCCUCCCAGAGCAGCCCUUCGGAAAGCUCUUCGGGUUCGGGGCGUCCCUGUUGAACCAGGCCAGCAGCCUCAUAUCGGUGGAGCAGACGCCCCCGCAGACGCCCCAGAAGGGUCCGGGGGCGAGCCCCAAACCUGCCGCCCAACCGACAGCUCAGCCCGCCGGCCAGCCUGCGCCACAGCAGCAUCAGCAGCAGCAAAAGCCCCGCCCCAAAGUGUGCUGCCCGCUGUGCCAGACCGAGCUCAACGUCGGCGUCCCAACAGAGGCGCCCAAUUACAACCACUGUACCCAGUGCCAUGCGCAGGUCUGCAACAUGUGCGGAUUCAACCCCACGCCGCACCUGACCGAGAAGAAGGAAUGGCUCUGCUUGACGUGCCAGACUCACAGAGCCAUGUCGGGAAACCUCGGGGAGGAAACUCCUCCCGCUCCUCAGCCGGCGACGUCUCCUCGGGCUCCGGCUCCAUCCUCGGCCAAGCUACAACCGGCUCAGCAGAAAGCUCCCGGUCAGCAGGCGGGUGUGAGGCACGCCGGCCCUCCGGCCCAAAAAACGCCCUGCGCCGCCCAAGUAAGUGGUCCUCAGCCUUCCGGCAGACAGGGCGCGCCACAGAGCAAGGCGUCACCUGCCAAGACCGCCCCUACCCAAGCUGCGAGCAAAAGCAAGACCGAGACCCGUAAGCAAGAGCAAGGCGUUAGCAAGAAAGCGCCCAAAACUGAAAAAGAGGCGGAGGUGAAAGCGCCCAGCAAAAAAGCAGUGCAGGACGCGAAAGACCAGAGGAGAAGUAGUGAGAAAUCCAAAUAUCAUGACGAUUCCAACAAGUCCAGCACCCAGAGUCUGAGCGAUACCGGGUACUCAUCUGAUGGCAUAUCCAGCUCCCAGAGCGAGAUCACAGGCCUCAUCCAAGAGGAGGGAAUCAAACUCAACGAGGGUGGAUUGUCCAACCAGCGUGGUCCCCCGAGCCCCUCCGAAAUAACCAAACUGGAGAGCUCCAUGCGACCCCUGUUGCAGUCGCAGACGGACCCGGAGGCCGAUAAGCAAAGACCCCAGUCCCUGACCAUAUCACAGGACCAGUUCGAUUCGGACGGGGAGGUAUCAGACGACCUGAGCUGUAAGCUACGCCACGACUACGUGGAGGACAGCAGCGAAAGUGGCCUUUCUCCAUUACCCAGCAAGAAGAAGCUGACGCAGAAGGAGCCGACGGACGAGGAGUUCAUGAGGAGACAGAUUUUGGAGAUGAGCGCGGACGAGGAGGAGCUCGUGGCGACCGAUGGGCAUGUCAAAAUAAAAAAGAGCAAUAAACACAGUGGCGAUCUGGGAAAAGAACGGAAACGCCUUACUCAGCAAUCAAACAGCUUCGAAGAGGACACCAAAAGCAGCGAUGGUACGUACAAGUCCAGUGACGGUGAUGACAUGGUUUCACAAGGAGGACUAAGGCGGUUUAAGACUAUAGAACUAAACAACACUAACAGCUACAAUCGGGACUUGGAACUAAGUGCGGAACAUGACCUGAGAGAACCUGAGCUUGAGAUGGAGAGCCUGACUGGAUCACCCGAGGAGAAGUCGAGAGGGGAGUACUCCUCAACCCUGCCUGCAACCACACCUAGUUAUACUUCUGGCACGUCUCCUACGUCUGUGUCCUCACUGGAGGAGGACAGUGACAGUAGUCCCAGCAGAAGGCAAAGGCUUGAGGAGGUCAAGCAGCAGAGGAAAGCGAGGCAUAGAUCGCACGGACCACUUUUGCCAACAAUUGAGGACUCGUCUGAAGAAGACGAACUGAGGGAAGAGGAGGAGCUUUUACGGGAGCAGGAAAAGAUGAGGGACUUGGAACAGCAGAGAAUUCGCAGCACAGCCAGGAAAACUAAAAGGGACAAGGAGGAACUGAGGGCACAGAGGCGCAGAGAGAGGUCCAAGACUCCCCCCAGCAACCUGUCGCCAAUCGAAGACGCUUCACCUACCGAGGAGCUUCGACAGGCAGCCGAAAUGGAAGAGCUCCACCGCUCGUCCUGCUCGGAAUAUUCCCCCACGGUGGAUUCAGAAGCAGAAGGAUUUGAAGUUGGCUCAAAGCUGUACAAGUCUGGCAGUGAGUACAACCUUCCGACGUUUAUGUCUCUGUACUCGCCCACAGAGAAAACUUCUGGUACUUCAUUACCUGCUCCACAAAAAUCAUUAAAGAGCGCAGAGGAGGUUUACGAGGAAAUGAUGAGGAAAGCAGAGAUGAUGCAAAAACAACAGGGACAACCUCGAAGACCAGGCCAGCACGGGGUCAGUAAUCAACACUUAAAUGCAGGGUCAACAUCUCUGAGUCCAGGCACAAGCCCUACACAGGUUUCAGCACCUGUCUCAUUUUCAGAAAGUGGCACUAGUGCUAGGGGGGCACCUGGGGUUCACGACGCCAGGAUGACCACACAGCCCUCCAAACCAUCACAGUCUCAGUCACAAGCAAGGCAGUCUGCACCGGGACAGUCACACGGAAGAUCUGGCCAGGCACCUGACGCAACUGAAACCACUUUCUCUUUUCUCAAGAGUUCCGGUACUUCUACAAACUCUUCUACUUCUUCUACACAAAGUCCUGGUCAUGCACAAGGUCCAAAAUCAGCUAGUCAAGGCUCUCACAUUCCUCAUAGAUCUGGAGCUCCACGACUUGCUAGACAGCAAUCGUCCCAAGACGGCCCAGUCAUGGUCAUCACACUCGGAUCAGACACCACUAGCCAGUCCACUAAACCAAUAACUGUAAAUUCCUCCACAUCCCCUUUGUCCUCUCCUACAUCCCCACAGAAGUCUCCAUUCAGCUCUCAGAGAGCACAACCACCUGAAACAAGUCCACAAAGCCAUAGACCAUCGCCUAGUAAAAACAUAUCAUAUUGUAAAAUAUCAACCGUCCCAGGAACCUCCAGGGUAGUCGAACAGGAGACGAUGACCCAAAGCGGUAAUGUGGUCGAUCUAAGAGCAAUGAAACCUGCUCCAAUCAUCAUGACAGACCAAGGUAUGGAUCUGACAUCUCUGGCGUCAGAUACACGAAGGUACUUGAUCGAUGCAGACCAGCCCCCAAGUCGCCAUACAGCAGUCCAACCUCUAAUCAUCAACCUAAACGCACAGGCACAACCUCAUGUCACGGUGUCCACACCGACGACGGUCAGCGUUACUGUGGCUGCAUCGAUGUUCAUAUCACAGCCAAAACACCCAACAGUGUAUGGAGAUCCACUGCAAAACCGAGUCGACUUGGGUCAGGGUGUAGGGUCGGCGGUGUGUCUCACUCAGGCGAGGACGCCAAUAACCGACCCGACGAUUCCGAAAAUCGAUGCGUGUCUGGAAGAUUUGGGCAUCCAACAGCAGCAGCUUCAAAAGCAACAGCAGAAGCUUCAGGUACAGCAGAAGCUCCUUGAGCAGCAGCUUCAACAGCACCAACAAAACGCGACCUCCUUUGCUCGGUACAACCUGGCAAACCAAGUGCAACCAAUAUUGCUGAAGAAAGACCUGGUGGUGAGCCAAACCAGUGGUGGAAACACACAGACAGCUGUUUCACCUCUUCCCCCACAGUCCUUAACAAGCUCUGUAUCUCCUACCCCCACUCUCGGCCAUGACAUAUAUGGUGGGGUAGCUCUGGAACUUAAGAAUAAACCCACGGUAGUAAACCUUUCUACAGGAAUUCCACAUGCAAUGAUGGUACAACUAGAUGAGAGUAGCUCAUCACAGGGAGCCACGGUUACCCAGAUACUUAAAAAGGAAGAGCCGCCUCCAGCACCAGAAGUUCUUGAUCUCACUGGACAGGUCAAGCCAGAAAACCAAGUGGCCUGCUGUGAUGUCGUCUACAAGUUGCCUUUUGCUGGUAGCUGUUCGGGUCCCUUCGGUCAAAGAGCUAAGACGGCUAUUCCUGAGCCCACCCAAGCCCCGCAUCAACAGAGUUUGUCCGAAAAUAUGCAGGGAACAUCAGAGGAACAUAAACCUUUCAGCGUGCCUCCACUUGGCCGGCUUCCGCCUUCGAUGUCGGACACGAACCUUUCAGAAUCUGGGAAUCAGUUCUACCAAAAGGCAGAUCCUGGGGACCUAGCAGUGGAUCUGAGUUCCAUGAAGCAAGUGUACGAGGCAGGUUAUCUCGGAAUGGGUGCCCAAUAUGGAUCCUAUACCGAUCUGCGACACCAGGGAGAUGGUUCCACUCCACCUUUACCUCUGCGUAGAUAUGGCUCAAUGUCCAAUAUCAGCGGGGACGUCGGCUAUUCCUCUCGUGACAUGGGUGGCUUUCAAGAAUCGAAUCUUGCGCAGUAUAGCGCCACCACUGCCAGAGAGAUUAGCAGAAUGUGUGCUGCUCUGAACUCAAUGGAUCAGUUCGGAAAUCGCUAUGCUAACAGCCCUGAUCUGCUUCAGUACGGCGCUGGAAGAGGAGGCCCGGCAGGAAGGCUUGGUCUGCAACAGAGUUUGGCUUCUAUCAGAGCGAAUUUGCUGUAUGGCACAGAUGGAAGACCUACUGCACAUGGUCAAGCACUUACAAAUCUAAUCAAUGCUAGACAGGCCAGCCUGCGGGCCUUAUAUCCACCGGUCAUGAGAACUGCAGAUGGCAUGAUAUACUCUACCAUCAAUACCCCCAUAGCCUCCACCUUGCCGAUUACGACGCAGCCCGCCCCUGUAUUGAACUCCAUGCUAGGAGGAGUAUACAGACCUUAUUCUUCAAGCAGUGUGACGCCUGUUCCACUUGCUAGCCUUAGUAGAUUGCCACACGUGACCCCCAGAAUGCCUCUCUUUGCACAAGGACCUUACAGAUAUCCCACUCCAAAUUGCUUCCCAGCAUCUACUGUGGAAUCUAUCUCGGGAAGUAUGCCACCCACAAGUACGUCUCAAGAAACCCCUGUGUACCUUGGCAAACCCACAGCACCUGGUCCGAGUGCAACUACUUCUGUAUUGCCACCUGCUCAGACUAUUACAGACUUGCAGGGCGCACCAGGAGCUCAACCAGCUAUUUUUAACCAGCAACUGUCUCAAAGUCAUAUCUCAGCUGACGGUACCCUCCAUCCCACUCACACACAUCCUCCACAGGCGAUGCAACUACAAACUCAGCCUCAGAUAUUGACCAAAGGUCAAGAUUUGUCCCUGACCCAGGGUCUGUCACUCUCUCAGACACCGAUCUCCCCUUUCUCAGUGCCACAAUCACAGCCAACCACAGCUGCUAGAUCUUUGGGAGAUGCAGCAGUCAGCACCACAUCUACAGAUCAAGAAAAGGAGAAAGAGGAGGAGCAUUUACGACAACAGCAGGAGAAGCUCCUGCAAAUGGAACGGGAGCGCAUAGAGUUGGAGAAGCUUCGUCAGCUGCGUCUGCAAGAGGAGCUGGAGAGGGACCGCCUAGAGCUACAGAGGCACAGGGAGAAGGAACAACUCCUUGUACAGCAUGAGAUACAAGAGCUGCAAAGCAUCAAGCAACAUGUUCUUCAGCAGCAGCAGAGCGAAAAGGAAACACAACUGGUGAUACAGAGAGAGCAGCUCGCCCAGCAGAAGAUGCAGCUGGACCAAAUUCAGGCCCUACAGCAGCAACUUCAGCAGCAACUGGAAGAGCAGAGGAGGCAAAAGACAGUAGCCGUCGAAGCAGCCGCAUCGGUGGUGGCAGCAGAAGCGGCGGCAGCAGCGACCACGGCUCAAGGUGCCAUGAAUGGAAUGGUGGUUGGUGGUGCUCCAGGAGCAAUCUCCAUAAUCUGUGAUCAAACUGGUAGAGUUAUCCCUCAAGAUGGCCAGAGCUUAAAGUUCCUGCCUUGUGUGGAUGGGCAGGUGGUUCAAGCACUGGUGUCUACCAGGCCUUUACCCAGCUCCGCAUCUGAAAUGUCCCUGAGGAACACUGAAGAUCAAGGGAGUAGCCGAGCCAUGAAGAAGCAGAACUCGAUGCCUCGCUUGAGAAACGGAGCUGAGGAGGAACCUGUAAAGAGGAUCGCAGACAGCAGUGUCCAGACUGACGACGAAGACACAGAGGAUCGCUUCAUGGCACGACGCAGGAGGACCAGGCGCAUUGCAGACUGCAGCGUACAGACUGACGAGGAGGACCAGGGAGAGUGGGACAACCAGACGGUCAGACGCCGGCGCUCACGAUACUCCAAACACUCAGAAUCGGGUGCGGACACAAAAAGCGAGGCUUUUAAGGUCUCCAGUGUGGCCAUCCAGACCACCAGUGAUUCCUCGUGUCAAACUGAACAAGAUCAGCUUGGUAGACUCUCACCAGCCAUCCACAUAACCAUGGCGGAAACAUCGAAGGUGGAGCUGCUCCACUACAUCUCUGCACCAGAAAGAACAAAGAAGGGUGAGAGCUUAGCCUGCCAGACUGACCCAGAAGCCCAGUCUCAGGUGGUGGUUGCUCCUCAGCUCAGUGUUCCCACGACCGUCAGCCCUUACUCCACCAGUUUACAGGUCAUCGGCACCUCUUCAACCAAGUUCGAAAGAAGAAAACCAGAUCCGCUAGACAUCGGGCUGCACGCUCAACAGAACGACAACCGCCAACCCAAAUCCCCACAGGUGCUGUACUCGCCCGUGUCUCCUCUCUCACCUCACCGCAUGCUGGAGACCACCUUUACCUCCAGCGAGAAGCUCAACAAGGCCCACGUAACACCCCAGCAAAAAGCUCUCACCACCGAGGCCACCAAACGGCACCAGACGAUCCCAAGGCCGAUAAAGAGCGUCCAGAGGUCCAUGUCAGAUCCCAAACCCCUCAGCCCAACUUCAGAGGACCCAUCCAAGACCAGGUUCUCCAUCUACCAGAAUCAGACCACUGUUAACAGUCAGCAGCAGAACGCCAUGAUGAGAAAGGUCAAGCGUACCCUUCCCAGCCCCCCUCCGGAUGAGACGCCUCUCCCUAUCGUAACCCCCGCGAUGACCCACAUGUACAGCUCCCCCGGCAUGCCCCAGAGAGUGCUACCCCGCACGGGACAGGGUGUUACGAAGGCAGGUCUUCUGAGCGAGCUGAAGGCUGUCGAACAAGAGUCUUCCAAGUUGCGCAAGCAGCAGGCAGAACUGGAGGAGGAGGAGAAAGAAAUUGACGCCAAGCUCCGCUGUUUGGAACUGGGCAUAACUCACCGCAAGGAGACCAUGGUGAAGGAGCGAGAGAGGAGAGAGUUGGCAUACUUGCGUAUAGGAGAUGCACGCGACUACAUGUCGGACAGUGAACUAAACAAUCUCGGACUCUCUGGAGUAGCCACGGGGACCUACGAUAGGAACGGACUGUUGUCACGACCUGGCACGGCACCACUUAGCCAAUUUACCUCUGAGCCAAAUAUGACCUCGCAGUACCCCCCAACUUCCUCUUAUGUCCCGUACCCCUAUUCACAGAACCAGCCUGCUCCAACACAACCACCAACUGUGGCCUAUCAGCAGAUUGGAUUCCAGACGGGACAGUAUCCAGUCCCAUCACAGCCUCAGCCAGGAACCUUUCAGCCCCAUCCUCCUCAACCAUCAGCCUACCAGCCUCCAGGAAGCUUCCAAGGUCAUAGUUAUGCCCACUCAUAUCAAUCUGAACUUGGCCUUCAGCAUAGUCACCAGAGCUUUCAGGCUCCUACAGGUCAUUUGUCUGGGCAGACCUUACCAUAUCCAAGCCAGAAUAUGUCCUACCAGCCUCAAGCUGAUAUGCUUUCAGGUCAUUCGCUGCCACGGCAUACAUCUCUGGCUGAUCUUGAACAGAAGAUGCCAACCAACUAUGAGGUGAUCACUAAUCCUACAGUCUCGGUAGCCACCUCGGCUCAAGAAACUGGCUUCAGUGGUGCCUAUUCCUCACCUUUGACCAACGCUUACGGGCCAUAUCGUACCCCUGACCAGACAAUGAUGGACCGCGUGCCAAGUCCUACAUCUGGGUUUGGCACUGAGGGUCCUUACACCACAAACCUAGAACAAAACAUCCCUAGAAACUAUGUCAUGAUAGAUGAUAUAAGUGAGCUGACCAAGGAGAACCUGGUAUCUUCUGAUGCAUCGAGGACAGGAUAUGGAAAUGAGAAUGGACCACGGGGAAUGGGUUACGGAGACGGAUCUCAGGAUCCAUAUGGAAGAGCUGGAAAUACCACCGGUUACCACCAGCAGGGUGCCGUGGACAGUCACGGUCACCCUAACACAACUGUAAGCGGCGGCUCCUCCUAUUACUACGAUGACUACAAGCAUUCAUCUCGCAGCAGCAGCAGCCAGAAGCAUUCGUCUAAAAACCUGGCACCGGCCGCCGUCUCCUGCAAACGCAGCAAACACAGAAAGCAGGGCAUGGAGCACAAGGUCUCCAAGUUCUCCCCCAUCGAAGAGGCACGAGACGUAGAAUCGGACAUGGCCUCCUACGCUAUGAACUCGUCAACAGGCGGGAGCUGCACUGUGGGUUCCAGGACAGGGGUGAAAAAGAACGUGUACGACCAGCAGAAGUACUACGGCUCGAGAGAUGGGCUGGACGAUGAGGAUCGGGUGUACAGCUCAGGAAGGUCAAGGUCCACGGGCUAUGGCAUGGAUAAGAUUUCUUCCAGAGAUUCGGGAGGCUACAGAAGCAAGUCUUACGAGAGGGAUGCCAUGGAGCGAUCCCAGGGCGGCACACAUGGGCGCACCGGACGCUCCGCCAUGCGCACUCAGAACUCUGAGGAGGAGAGUCCGCUGAGCCCGGUCGGAAAGCCGGUGGGCGUGGGGUGCGUCUCGGAGCCACACGACGUGAGGAACCAGUACGGCUCCAGCCAUUCCCUUCCCGACGUACAGGAUCAUCACAUUAGGGACAUGCCCAAGAGCCACGCCUACAAGCCUGAUGACCCGUACCUAGUAGAUGAUAUGCACUGUGCUGUUUCGGACAGUGAAGCCUAUCAUUUAGGACAGGAGGAGACAGACUGGUUCGAGAAACCCCGGGAGGCCAGUUCGGACCGCUCCAGACACCAUGGCAGUGGAGGCCACUCGUCUUCAGGUAAGCGAGGCCAAGUCAAGCACACCUACCACGACUAUGACGAACCACCCGAGGAAGACCUGUGGCCUCAGGAUGACUACGGCCACCAGCGCCAGUCCUCCUCGACCUCAUCCCGAGAGCACCGGCAUCACGGCGGCAGCUCGGGACGCCACUCGUCGUCCCGGCAUUCUUCUGAAGAUCCCAGAUCCUCCCGUUCCUCGCGAUCACAUCCCAGGGACCCGUCGGGUCGCUCAGAGGGCCGCAGCACUUCCUCUUCGUCUCACAAAAGAUCCUCGGAUCCCCGCUCUUCACAUUCAGGCUACAGGGACUCUGGAGACUACUCCCGCGACCCUGCAUCCGGACACCAUCACAGCUCCAGUGGUCAGCGAGGACAAAGGCAGUCUGGCUCUUCUAGGAGGCAGGAGUCACCUGGGUCAAAACAACACCAACAGCAGCAGCAGCAGCAGCAAGGUCCUGGAGGACAACAGCAACCAUCUCAGCAAGGACAGCAAAGGCCUGCAGCUCAGCCAACACCUGGCAAGCAGCCUGGAUCUCAGCAGCCUGAUAGUGGGCAGCAGGGCCUGCAGACCAGCCAACAGUCUCGCACCCAGCAACAAAUGUCACCCAAUCAGCAGCCACCAACAACUACUGCAGGUGGGGUUCAGCCCACAGGUGCAGCUACUGGUACUGGACCUGGAGCCCUUCAGCAACAAGCUAAGCCAGGCGCGGGACCCACAUCCGGCCAACAGCAGGCUCCUGGAGUUCAGCCGACCGCCGCCCCUGUAAGCCAGACCAGACCCGACCCGGCUCCUCCUGCACCGACUCCCGCGGUGGCCAUCGGAUCUAAAGCCGCGCCCCAGACUGUUAAAGGUCCCAGCACCGCGGCCACUGGCAUCGGGUCGAAAGCAGCCCCAAGGCCGGGCGGGAUCGGCAGCGCCGCUCAGCCCACUCAGCAACCCACUGACAGCGACAAUGUUUUCAGCAAGAUCCUGCCGGGGGGCGCCGCCGAGCAAGCGGGAAAACUGGGAGACGCCGUGUCGGCCAUCGGCAAGAAGUUUACAUCGUUUUGGUGAGCUGCUAGCUGGGGGGAGAGUUUCGGCAGCUGACUGGAGGCUUGAGACUGGAAAAACUGUAUAAAACUGUUUCUGAAUUCUUACACACGAGUCUGAGGAUGGAGGACACCUGAGUACAGGUGAAGCAUCCAGCCAGCAAAACAAAAGCAGAUCAUAUCAGCAGCAUCUCUGACCGUCUCCGACCAUCUCUGAUCAUCUACGACCAUCUGUGACCAUAUUUGAUCAGCUAAUGACCAUCUCUGACCAUCUACUACUGUCUCUGGCAACCUACAACCAUUUACGAUAAUCUCUGACCAUCUCCAACCAUCUAUGACCAUCUCUGACCGUCUCUAACCAUGUCUGACCAUCUACGGCUAUCACUGAUCAUCUACGACCAUCUCUUGACUGUCUGUGGCCAUCUCUGACCACCUAUGACUAUCUCUGACCAUGAUUGUCUACGACCAUUUCUGACCAUCUCCCACCAUCUCUGACCAUAUUUGACCAUCUACAACCAUCUCUAUCUUCAAGAGUCUACGACCAUUUCUGAUAUUUAACCACCUCUAAUAAUCUCUAAUCAUCUCUGACCAUAUCCAACCACCUCCAACAAUUUCUGACCAUCUACGACCAUCUCGGACCAUCUCUGAUCGUCUACGAUUAUCUCGGACCAUCCUGCGAAUGCCAGGUCAGAUGGAACACAGACUUCUGUCCAGUGACUCCACUUAAGAUUCUUUUUUCUUGUUCAUCAGCGUCGUUACAUUUGAAAGAAGGAACCCUUCAGUAAACCCUCGACGUUCCUCAGCGUACCUGCGCUCAGGUGUCCUCCUGAACCUCCCACGCUCACACAGUACACGUAUACCCACCGUGAGAAUAAACAGAAACAGUCCUGCCGUGUUUUUCCAGUCCUGAUCCUGCGAACCGGAGCCGAGGAGCCACGCCGGGCUCCCCCCACAGACACGCUCCGGUCUCCACAUUCCAGCAUGGCGAUGAUUGACCCUCUCUGAAUGUUCUUCUUCUUCUUCCUUUCCUUCACGUGUUUGUUCCGUGUGCGCUGAAUGCUCCAAAGGCAUGGAAACAAAAACGCUCGUCCCCUGUACACGCCCGCCCCUGUCCCGCCACGUUCGUCCUGGCACCAUGUGUUCGCCGCGUCUCGUUCCGGAGCUCGUGCUCGUACUCGUUUUGGACUUUAUUAAGCUCCCGCCAUCGCCGCUCGAUCCCAGAACGUCCAGAUCUGUUGUGACGUCCACGUGCUGCGUUCGUUAGCGUCUGUCGGCCUGAUCUGCCGCGAACAAGAGCCUUAUCCGUUUUUAUUUUUGCACAUACCUCAAGCAUUGUCUCGUUUUUAUUUAUUUAUUUUGUAAGGAUGUCUGGAUUUGAUUUUGCACAGCUGUAUUCUACUGUACAGACACCUGAUAUAUAUCAGCUAAACCAUCGGUGUAUUUAUUCAUGGAUUAUUUAUGGAUUAUUUAUGGAUUUAUAUUCACGGGUGUUUUUUGUGUGUGUCCGUUUUUCGGAUCGUUUCUAUUCCGUUCAGAUUUGUGUGUUUCUUGAUGGUUUUGUUCUUUUUUAGGGUUGUUUUUAUUUCUUGAAGCAAUAGCAUGUCGUUACUUAGAGCACAAUGAUUUCUACAAGGAGUCCCCUUAAUCUGUUCCACACACACACACACACACACACGUGUCUCGGGAAGCGUGUUUUGAGUUUACAUUUCAGAUUCUCUAUGCAAUGAUUCAUCCAUUAUCAUUGCCACAAACUCGCGCCGUCCCCCCCCGGACACGGAUCAGAACCCGACCGUAUCGAUCCUCUCUUGUUUUUAUGAUGAUGAUGAUGAUGAUUAAUUAUUGAUGACUUUAUUUACUCGCAUGUUUAUUACCACCCCUCGUUUUUUUUCUUCGGGGGGUGGGGGAGAAUACGUUGCCAAAGGGUCUGUCUGUCUCGGAUGUCCGACAUCUCGUUGCUUGAAGCAUGCACGGUUCUGCGAUCUUGCCUGCUCGUGUAUAGUCAACUCUGUGCGUUCUGCUGUGAUCUGGCAACCCGGCGCUGUCCGCUCUGCUCACGCACCUUACGCGGCAUCGGGAUUUGGGAUCGAACCCUAGUGCACUGGAUGCGGUCGGAAUUGGGCAGUGAGUUAGAGAUCGGGAGCAGUUAAUUAAUUGGGAUUGAACCCUAGUGCAGCGGUUCUCAACCCCCCUAGGGGGCGUCAGUGAGCCUAUACGGAGGUUCCUUCGUAUUUUACGUUGUCCGCUCUGCUCACACACUUCACGUGGCAUCUGCGGUCGUAGUGGCAGUAAGUCCAAGUGCACUUGAUAGGGAGCGGUUAAUUAUAUUGGGAUUGAACCCUUCAGUGGUUCUCAACCCCCCUGCUCCACGCAUUCAGGUUUGAGCCAUUUGUCGUAUCCGGUGGCUAAAAUGCCUCACUGUUUUCAUUUCAUUAAUUGAACAUCAUAAUGAAUUUUAAAUGAACGUGCGAGACGGAAGCCAGACUAGCCCACACGAACAUAAAACCCCAAAAAUUCAGUCGCUUCUGCAGGCGCUGCCUCAAACAGCCUGUAGGGGUCACUAUCGCAGCAGCAGCAGCAGUGCUCGAUUAUAAAAGUAGAAGCUGAAUUCAUAUUUUCUUCCAGUCCGCCUCGAUUGGGCUUCGUCAUGCACGCUUCCCUUCUCUAACACGUCCAGUGCGCUCGGUCGAGGGUGGUAAACGAUUCCGGAUUGUGGGAGAAACGACAGGACGGUUUUCCGAUCUGCGGUGCGUGAGCUGGAGCGCCGAUCACGAGACGCAGAACGCGAAGAGAUAAGCAUGCAUGAAAACACACACACACACACACACAGGAAGUACUCAGUGUAAAUACCCACACGGUUUUGUACAGCGUUUAAAUAUGAGUGUGAUGGACGGCCGUCUCGUGCACUUCCACGCCGGCGCUGCUGCCAACCUCCCGUGCUUUCUGUGUAUAAAACAGACGAUAAUGAUUAUCGUUAUAAUCUUGAUGAUUAUCGUUAUCUUGAUGAUUAUCGUUAUUAUCUUGAUGAUUAUCGUUAUUAUCGGAGAUAAAAUGAAGCGUCGUACCCGUGGCCGGCUCUCGGCGGCCGCCGUAAACUGAAGCGGCGGUAAAAAAUAAGCGAUCUGCUCUGUGUAGAACCUUCAUAUCGUGUAAACAAAAAAUAUAUAAAUAUAUCAGUGGAUAAAAAAACAUCGUUUUAAUAAACGCCAUCGUUACAAACUGUGCUGAAAGAUGUUAAAGUGGGCAUGUGAACACACACACUUACUUACACACACACACACACACACACUCUUAUAAUUGGGAAUAAAAAAUGAAGUGAAAGUGCACAGUUUGACUCACAGGUGUGUGAACACUGUACGGUCAAAAGUAUUCGGACACCUUGAGAUAGAGUGACGUCUGUGUGAGCUAGAACGACAGCCACAAGCCUCCGAAAUGUGUCUGUGUAUGGGAAUUUGUGCCUGUACAGUCAAAAGAUGGCAGCAUCUGGCACUGAUGUUGAUGUUCCGGUUCAUUCCAUUUGCUUGCUUUGAUGCUGUAACAGGAAAGAGCCUUCCCUAAACUGUUGCUGCAAAGUUAGAGGCAUGUAAUUCCCAUGAUAUGAUCGAUUUAUUACACCUGUUAGUAACUGCUGUGGCUGAAACACGUGAACUGAGUGAUCAGACGGGGUGUCCCAGUACUUUUGAGUGUAAGGUGUAGCUGCAGUAGGUGGAGUGGGUGGAGUGAGUGUAGUAGGCGGAGUGGGUGGAUUAGGUAGAGUGGGUGGAGUGAGUGCAGUAGGUGGAUUAGGGUGGAGUGUGAGUCCAGUAUCAUUGUGAAACGUGACGUUCUCUUCAGUGUGGUUGCCGUUCAGAGGUAGAGUUUCACUCUGGUGCAUCAUGUCAUGUAACGUGAUUCUGAACAUUAAUGGACCUGCAAAAUGUUUCCAAAAAUAAAUAAAGAGAAACUAAAGAAA